UCCCAUUUGUCAGUUCAUUUCUUAGAGUAGCGGUGGCACUCGGGCAGCCCCGCAAUGUUCACCAAAGAAAUACUUCUUAUUCUGCUUUCUUUACAUUUUAUUUCAAGAGUACAAUCCGAAAAUCCUUUGUUAACGACAGACGGAAAUUCUGAUCAAAUAGCUGAGGCAGCUGAAUGCGUUUUAAAAUUAUCUGCAAAGUACUUCGUAGAGAAGAAAGCCUUAAGCGGCAGCAUCGUGAUAAUCAACAUCAACUCCUACGUCUCUACGACACAAGGACUACUAUUGCAGACUAUCCACGGAGGGACCAAGUAUUCAGUUAUGGUAAAGGAUUCCUUCUACAAACACGCAAACGCUUCUCACUUUCCGGAAAAAGCGAAGAAUUACAUGUUGAUACUGGAAGAAAAAUCAGAGCUGACUAGGAAUAUUAAACAGUUAAACAAGCUCCCCACUUGGAACCCGCUGGCUAAAGCCGUCGUUUACUACGAAUUGGAAGGCAAUGAAACCGGACCCGAAGUGGCUAUAAACUUCAUCAACGAGCUCCGUUCACACAAACUUUUCAAGAGUAUUAUCUUUAUUUAUUCACCGGCGAACGAGGAAGUGGUGGCUUACACUUGGAGACCCUACGGAGGAGACAACUGCGGAGGGGAAUGUACUUCUGUAUACGUGCUGGACCGAUGCAGCGACGGGGACUUGCAGCAGGUCGAGAAACAAUCGGAGAUGUUCCCAGCGGACAUGCGCGGGUGCCCGCUCGUCGCCUACGCCGUCGUCUCCGAGCCCUACGUCAUGCCUCCCGUCAUGAGACUCACCAACACCUCAUACCCCGACGCUUACUACUUUGAUCGAGGCGGAGAAAUCAAUCUUAUCAAAAUUAUUAGCGAGUUCACAAACACAACCCUUAUAAUACGGACAUCCGACAUUCCAGAAAAUUGGGGAGUGAUCCAGCCUAACGGAACCGCCACAGGGGCUUUCGAAAUCUUGAGACAAGAUGAAGUUGACUUAGUCAUAGGAAAUAUAGAAGUGACACGGACCAUACGUAAAUGGUUUGACCCGACAGUGAGCUACACUCAGGACGAAAUGACGUGGUGCGUCCCGAGAGCCGGCCAAGCGCCCACCUGGGACAACUUGGUCAUCAUAUUCCAAUGGUCGACCUGGGUCGCGACCUUCGCAAGCUUAAUCAUCAUGGGAUUAGUAUUCCACUACUUGUACUACAAACAGAACAACGGUAAUGUAACAAAAUGGCCGACGAAUUCUCUGCUAAUGACGUUUAGCAUGCUGCUCGGCUGGGGCGCCAACUUCGAGCCGCGAAGCGCCACAUUUAGAAUCCUGAUCUUCGGUUGGCUCUUUUUCAGCAUAAACAUGGGGAUUUCCUACGAGUCGUUUCUGCGGAGCUUCCUAAUGCACCCGCGCUACAUGAAGCAGAUAAGCACCGAGGCGGAGAUCAUCGAGUCCCGGAUCCCGCUGGGCGGGCGGGAGAUUUACCGGCCCUAUUUCGAGACUAAUAACGCGAGCUCGUUUUAUUUAUAUCGGAAGUACAACUCCACAACGUUCCGCGCGGGGGUGGAGCGCGCGGCGCGGGGGGGGUUCGCGGUGGUGUCGUCGCGGCGGCAGGCGGAGUACACGGACCAGCGCCUCGGCCGCGGCGCGCCGCUGAUCUACUGCUUCCCGGAGAGCCACAACCUGUACAAGUACGGGGUGGUGCUGCUCACGCGGAAGUGGUUUCCGUUCCUGGAGCGGAUGAACGGGAUCAUCCGGAGCGUGUCGGAGAACGGGCUGAUAGACAAAUGGAACUCGGAGCUGUUCAUCCACACGGCGGGCGCGGACGGCGCGGCGGCGAGCGUGGCGCUGGGCGUGGGGCACCUGCUGGGCGCCUUCUGGUUCAUCGGGUUCAUGUACGCCGCAGCCGUGCUGCUGUUCGCGGCGGAGCUGGCGGCGGGCGCGCUGCGGCGGCGGCGGGAGGGGGGCGCGCUGCGGCGGCGGGGGGAGGGACGCGCGCGAGAGAGAGUUAUUGGCAAAUGGCGGAUACUGGUAGAUAAAUUAUAAUGUUGUAGCUUUUGCAACGGCUGUGGUUAUGCUUUUAGAGAAUGUUGUAAGACGGAAAAUGCUUUUUAAGAAAAUCUAUUUGGCAUUUAGAACAAUAAUAAAUAUAGC